UGGCCUCCCGUCGUUCCGGCGUAGUCUGGCGUCGCGCGGAGUCGGCGGAGCGUCUUUUAAAUAGAAUUUCAGUUAAAAUCAGUUAGAAUUGGACCGGACUUACAGUUUCGUAGUCGUUCGUUGUCGUGUACGUCGUGUUCGUCCCGUUUUCGAGUGCUCGUCAUUGCUUCCAGCGCAAGUUUCUUCCGCUACGUAGUUCAAGUAAUAAGACAAUCGAUUGAUUAAAAUGGCGUGCCAAAAAAGGAUCAUCAAGUUCCUGCACUACACAUUUAUUUUCGUUUUCGUGCUAUACGGUCUGGCCAUCUUUAUUACCGCCGUUUCGUCGGAAACAGAAAACGAUUAUUAUUUCAAAAACCUGAAUGAAAGUAGGUUUUCGUCCUCGUCAAUUACGACGAUCGUCUUCAGUAUCAUCAUCCUCGUCGUUGCUUGCAUAGGAAUCUACGGCGCGUAUCGCGAGAGUUAUCGUAUGCUAAUGACGUUUGUAGGUUUGCUCAUAGCGCUCGUGGUCUUACACAUGUUCAUCACGAUCUGCGUGUUAGUUGCAACGGGAUAUAUUGACAAUGUUGAUUUAGAACAGGAAUACCGAACACACUUUGAUCAUUACAACGACAGUCAAGAGCAAAAGGAUUACGUGAAUGCCGUUCAAAAAGGAUUGCAUUGCUGUGGUGUUGAUAACUCCAAUGAUUUCCAAAAGAUCCUAGGUAUUGCUAUUCCAGAAAGUUGCUGCGGUAAAGAGGAAAAGUCCACUUGUAGUGAAGACGAAUCUUAUAAAAGAGGUUGCGUAUUAGCGCUGAAAAAGAUCUUGGAUGCUGUUUUUACGACGAUGGGUGGCAUCGCUAUCGGUAUUGUUGUUAUAGAGGUGAUUGGCGUCGCCUUUGCAUUAUGGCUAGCAAAUUCCAUAAAGAAUCCCGAAGGCAGAAAUAAUAGCGUAUAAAAGUGGAGGACUGCGAAGGAUGCCGCUUCGCGCGGGAGGCUUUCAAUAUGCAACAACAAUCUUACGAUCAUCUUACUAUCGUCAAUGUCUAAUUCGCUUAUAAGGGAAAGAAGGCAGAGUCUCCUUUUUCAUUUUCUUUUCCAGUUUUUUUGUGUUACUAGUUUUUUGCAGUCGUGAUUAAAAAUAAAAAUAAUGUUUUUCCGUUGAAAGUUAUUUUUCUAUUACAAGAAUUUAAUACAGAGUAUGGCGCACGACCCGAUAAUGAGUGUUACCAUAACUAUUGCCGGCUCUCAGACUUUCUUUUUCUUUUGUGAAAAUAACUUUUCUAUAUGGUUUUUUAUAUAUAUAUAUAUACAUAUAUAUACACAUACAUAUAUACACAUAUAUAUAUUUUUAAAUGCCGCUUUUAUUCAUGUUUAUACAUGUUCUAGAUAAUAGUUCAAAAAUAAAAAAAAGUCUUUGCCAAUUGUUUAAUACGCACAUACAGGAUUGUUUCAUAUGAUAGUUAGUCCAUAAACAAACACAUAUCACAAAUUGAAGUACCUUCGCGAGAGUGAAGAUGCAAAAUGGAGAGUGGAAAGCAAAUGAGUGAUAAUAUUUUAUAAAGUUAAUAUUAUAUUAUAAAAAUAUUUUUUCAUACAAUGAGCCACACAAUUGUACCUGCGGAGAUGUUGACGCUGUUAAAAAACAUGGAAUCCUUGUAUGUGUCUUUAUAUAAAAAUUUACUUUGUUUGUACAGUACAGUAUAUAUAGAAAUUGUUUACAAAUAUAUAUACAUAUAAUAUUUUA